AUGAUCUACCGUUAUUGUCUUGUUUCCGACAGGACCAUCGUCCCCCGAAUCCCCGAGAUCGAGAUCCCAUUACAUAGCUUGCGUCAACCCAGAAACGGAACGAGCGGCGCCUUCUUCGGGUUAGCCCUGGGCACCGACAAGGACAUAUUCGGCGAGGUUCUCUCUUUAUUUUACGGAGAGAACAAGUUUGGCCUGUCCAGCCCAUACCACAAAUGCUGGGUAAAUCGUGUCGGCAAACGGGGCGCCGGUUGCAUCCGAGCCAUCGUUAUUCGCUGCGAGGGCAAUGCCAAUCACGCCAAGAGCUACCUCACCGAGAUGCAAACCGCCCUCGUCAAACGGUGUCCUAAUCUCCAAUCCAUUGGGCACAACUGCGACUGGCUCAUCCCCGCCGACUUUUUCUUUACGAGGAUCACGGCAAGCCACAUGGCCAUGACUUGGCGUCGAUUUAAGGAUCUGGAGAUGAUCGGCCUGCAACAUUACUACAUGCCGGCGCGCGUUCAGGAUAAGUCGCCGUUAUGGGAGCUUCUCGUCAAGCUCUGUAAGCAAAGCAAGACCAGGGCCGUGGCCAUGCAACGAGCGGGUAUUUUUGUGACCGACAGAGCGGUGGGCAAGUGGGUUGAGUAUAAGAUCGUGGAUAAGGGAAAAGUCGUUAGGGCAUCGCACUCGAACGUAGACAGCCGGGACUAG